AUGUCAUCGCAUAACGUCGCUUCUACUACAUCUCACGCCGAGCCGUCUCAUGUAGGCUUAGAUAGAGUCUGUGCAGAUGAAGGUGAUCAAGCUUGCAGCUUGCGAUCCGCGCAGUCGAAAUCUCGUGUUUCGUCUUUGAGCGUGAAGGCGCGGAUGGCUGCUGCUGAAGCUGUCCACAAGCGUCGCCAGUAUGAACGUGAGGCCGCACUCGCACGACAUCUUGCGGAAGUCGAAGAUGCUGAAUACCGUGCCGAGCUGGAGCAAAUUAAUGCUGAAGCGGACUCCAAAGGUAGCAGGCGAAGUAGGAGCACCUCUACUCGUAUGACCAGAACGGAACAAUGGAGAACGUUGCGCGUUUACAAAAUGCGCUUCGUGGACCCGCACGAGAAGCCGUCGCUUCGCUUCUCGUCUCUGCAGAGGAUCCUGAAGAGAUCAUGUGCGCACUCGAACGAAGUUUUGCGUCACCAGAAAUGA